CAGGAUGAGUAUCUUACCAGCCUCCAUGCUUUCUGUCUGUGGUGGGCGGAUCUUCCGCCAAGCCCCCGAACGGACUGAAAUCGUAUUUACUAGUCAACCAUCCAGUGAAUACAACCGUCCGAUGAUCAGUAUAAGACUGACCCGCCUGGAGCUGGUCCAGCCCGCAGGAACAAACUUGCAGAGUUUGUAAGUAAACAAAUCCGUUAUGGCGGCGUUCUUCACCAGGAUUUUCGGAAAGGUUGGCGGGAGGUUGUCCCGGCCAUGGGCUUCGUGCCAGGCUGCUCUGCGGCCCAUGUCAUCACACAUGGUAGGCGGGGAGCAGACGGCUCGCGCAGGCGCUGGGUUCCCUCCACUCCAGACCUUCACAGAGGAGGAGGCCAUGAUGAGGGAGACGGUGAGGAAAUAUGCUCAGGAGUGCGUCGCUCCGUUCGUAUCCAAGAUGGAUCAAAAUGCUUCCAUGGAUGAAGAAGUGAUCAGAUCUCUCUUUGAGCAGGGGUUGAUGGGCAUUGAAGUAAGUACAGAAUAUGGAGGCACUGGCUCCUCCUUCUUCUCCUCUGUGCUGGUGACUGAGGAGCUGUCAAAGGUGGACCCGUCAGUGGCCUUGGUGUGCGACCUCCAGAACUUACUGAUCAACAGGCUGAUGUCCAGCCUGGGCACGGAGGAGCAGAAGGAGAAGUACCUGCCACGUUUCACCACAGACUUGAUUGGUAGUUUUUGCCUGUCGGAGGCGGGGUCAGGGAGUGAUGCCUUCUCUCUGAAGACCAAAGCAGAGAAGUAUAAAGAUUAUUUCAUUAUCAAUGGCUCAAAGAUGUGGAUCAGUAGCGCAGAGCAUGCAGGAGUCUUCAUGGUUAUGGCCAACGUAGAUCCCUCUGCAGGCUACAGGGGCAUCACAUGUUUCAUCGUGGACCGGGACACGGAGGGGCUUGAGGUUGGAAAGAAGGAGAACAAGCUGGGCCUGAGAGCCUCUUCCACCUGUGAAGUUAACUUUGACAAUGUCAAGGUACAUGGGAAGAAUAUCUUGGGUAAAAUUGGGCAUGGCUACCAAUAUGCCAUUAGUGUGCUGAACGAGGGCAGAAUUGGCAUUGCAGCACAGAUGCUGGGUUUGGCUCAGGGCUGUUUUGAUCAUGCUGUUCCCUACACCAGGCAGAGAAUGCAGUUCGGUAAACGCAUCUUUGACUUCCAGGGAUUGCAGUAUCAGAUUGCCCAUGUGGCCACUCAGCUGGAGGCAGCCAGACUGCUGACCUAUAACGCUGCCCGGCUGAAGGAGGUGGGGCGACCCUUCGUUAAAGAGGCUUCCAUGGCCAAGUACUUUGCAGCAGAGGUUGCAACAUUAACCACGUCUAAAUGCAUUGAGUGGAUGGGGGGAGUAGGCUUCACAAAGGACUACCCCAUCGAGAAAUACUACAGAGACUGCAAAAUAGGCUCCAUCUAUGAGGGAACAACAAACAUUCAGCUGAGCACCAUGGCCAAGUUCAUAGAUCAGGAGUACGAUUCAUAAACAUCUUUUCGUGCUGCUGCCUUUCUCCUGUUAAUCGUCUGUAUGGAAAUCAUUAGCUGCACAUUGAGGCCUUUCCUAAACUCUUGGACUUGUGUCUAAAACUGAACUAUUGGUGUCUUUAAGACAAUCACAAGCAAUAUCUUCCAUUAUCCAACUCCUUGGGUGGAGAACUUGUCCUAGCCAGCUUUGGCCACUAGGUGGCAGAAGCAGACCAUAAGCAACUGCUUUAGACAAAUUCUCACUAGUCUGAGACCGUAUCUGGAGGAACACUCUACUACAGACAGCUUCUAAUGACCUGAAUGAAUGAAUUAACUUUUCAUCUGUUAUCUGUUCUGUUAAAUGCUCUCUAUCUCAUCUUUAAAUAAUUGAAAAAGACUGAUAGACACUAAUAAUCUGGCCUAAUCCUAGUAAAUGCACCAUGGAGCUGCAUGGAAGGUGGAGGGCUUAUAUCAGGUUCAGUCAGAUCUCACUCACUGUAGACAAAUCUAAAGCAUAUACGUUACAAUGAACUAACUAAACUGUUGAUGUUUCUCCAGAUUGAGUUGAUCAUUUGUAAAUUACUCCAAUCAGUUUCACAACCAGUGAUUGUGCUAGAUCAGAGAUUAUUUUCCACUUUGUAAGACAGAAAUAAUACGGUUUGUCUAGUGUUUUUGUACUGAUCUGAGAACAAAUUCAUAACUGUGAUGAUGAAACUGAUAACAAGUUCAAUAAAUAAAAUAAAUAGUAUUAAA